AUGCCCAUAGGAAAAUCUCCAUUCCAGCUGGUGUAUGGGAAGGCAUGCCAUCUCCCUGUGGAGCUUGAACACAAGGCCUUUUGGGCCACCAAACUUUUGAAUUUAGAUGCUCAAGCAGCAGGAGAAAAGAGGUUACUACAACUCAAUGAAUUAGACGAAUUCAGAUUGGAGGCAUAUGAAAAUGCCAGAAUAUACAAAGAAAGAGCAAAAAGGUGGCAUGACAAGAGGAUCUCCCAAAGAACAUUCGAACCAGGCCAAAAAGUGUUGCUAUUCAACUCAAGGUUGAAGAUUUUCCCUGGAAAGCUCAGAUCUAGAUGGACUGGUCCAUACACUAUCACCAAAGUAUCCCCUCAUGGCUAUGUGGAAUUACUUGAUGAAGCUUCAAAACAGACCUUCACAGCUAAUGGACAUAGGGUGAAACUUUAUCUUGGUGGCCCCUGGAGCAAGGAAGAAAAUGUGCACUUACUAACAUGA